GCCUUGGCGCUCCAUUCUCGUUCUUCUUCUUCAACCCCUUCUCCCUCUUUCUCUCUCCCCUGUUUGCCAAAUACCGAACUCACUUUUUGGUCCCUCUCUUUGCAGAGAGAGAAAAAUGCAGAAGCUGUGAAGUUUCUCCUAUGGUUUUUGUUAAGUAAUUUAAGUUUUGGCUAAUAGUUGAAGAUAGUUCAACCAUCGAAGUUCCUAACAGUUUUUAAUUUCUUAUUUCCCGGAGGGCGAAGUGAAGCAGAUUUGGGAUUGGAUAAUUAAAGGUGAUUAGGCUUUCUUAACAUAGGGAAGUAAAAAUUGUGCUGCUUCUCCACAUUAAUCAAGAAUAUCCUUCUAGUGCUAGACCAUGGGAAACAAGGAAGAGGGGAAGUCCUCUAAACCUGAUAAAUCAUCUUCACCUGCACCAGUGGAUCAUACCAAUAUUCAUGUCUAUCCUGAUUGGGCGGCCAUGCAGGCGUAUUAUGGCCCUCGAGUUGCUCUUCCACCCUAUUAUAACUCAGCUGUGGCGUCUGGUCAAGCACCUCAUCCAUAUAUGUGGGGCCCACCACAGCCUAUGAUGCCACCUUAUGGAGCCCCUUAUGCAGCAGUGUACUCUCAUGGAGGAGUAUAUGCGCAUCCAACAGUUCCAAUUGGAUUGCAUCCUAAUGUUUCUGGUGUUCCAUCAUCACCUGCUGCCGCAACACCUGUGAGUGUAGAAACGCCUAAAAAAUCUACUGGAAAUACAGAUAGGGGUUUAAUGAAGAAGUUGAAAAGAUUUGAUGGGCUUGCAAUGUCAAUAGGCAAUGGUAAUACUAAUGCGGAGAGUGCUGAGGGCGGGGACCACAGGCUAUCUCAGAGUGCGGAGACUCAAGGUUCUAGUGAUGGAAGUGAUGGAAAUACAGCUGAGGGAAGCAAAAGGAGUUGUGAGGGGAUGCCAAAUGUCGGUGGAGAGAUGAGAACUGAAUUGCAGGUCAGUUCUGUUCCUACUGGGGAGGUGAAUGCAUCAUCUCAUAAGGUAUUGGGUGCUGCUGUUGCUUCUGCUAGUGUAUCAGGAAAAUCUGAGGGAACUGCAGUUUCUCCUAGCAUGAGCACAGCAUAUGAGCUCAGGAACCCUCCUGUGAAUUCUGCUAAGACAAGUGUAACUAACAUUCCACAACCUUGUCAAGUUCUGCCUUCUGAAGCCUGGUUUCAGAAUGAGCGGGAGCUGAAACGGGAAAGGAGGAAACAAUCAAAUCGAGAAUCUGCUAGAAGGUCAAGAUUGAGGAAACAGGCUGAGACUGAAGAACUUGCUCAUAAAGUGGAAUCCUUGACUUCUGAAAAUUUGGCACUUAAAUCAGAAAUAAAUCAAUUGACCAAGAAAUCAGAGAAACUAAGGCUGGAAAAUGCAUCAUUACUGGAGAAGCUAAAAAAUUCACAUUUAGGACACACACAAGAGAUUAUUUUGAACAGCAGUAACGAGCAGAGGGCCUCAGCUAUUAGUACAGAGGACCUGCUGUCAGGAGUUAAUAAUUCUGCCUCUGUCGAUAGAAACCCUGGGGAAGAGGGGGAGCUGUAUGAGAGAAGCUCAAACUCGGGUGCCAAGCUGCAUCAACUCUUGGGUGCAAGUCCAAGGGCCGAUGCAGUGGCCGCUAGCUAAUUUUAGAAACUAGUUUGUCUAGAGUCUCUUUUCAUCUUAAAUUUAGAGGCAACCAAGUAGUUUUGGCAUAUUACAAGCCCAAAAUUACUCCUAACAACUAGCAGAGGGAUGGAAUGGCUGAAAACAAUUGGUAUCCAUCUCUUAUACUUUCAAUCAACUUGUAAGUUAGCUUUCUCAUGGCAGGAGUGAUAUAUUUUAUCAGAACUCUGGGUGCUGGAAUGGUCACUGAAAAAGGUAAUGUAAAUUGAAAAGAAUUAGAGCUUUGAUUUUAGAAAAGAUGUCGAAACUUUAAAUAUGCAACUGUUUGUGCGAUUUUCACUAACGUAUACAUUUAUGAUACGUGUAUGAGAAAGAACAGUACUUGAGAAUAUGAAUGCUUGCUGAUUACCAUUGUA